AUGGGAGGCGCGCCUUCGACGCCGCGGAACGACGGCGGAGAUGCUCCGACGGAGUAUCUCAUUGCUACUUUCGUCGGUGAGAAAUCGUUUCCGCUGGCGUCUGAUUUCUGGAACAAGCUCCUCGAGUUACCGUUGAGUUCCCGGUGGCCCAGUGAUCGCGUUCAUCAAGCCUGUGAGCUUUUCGCACAAAACAAUGGCUAUACUAGGCAUCUGGCAAAAUUAUUGAUCCAUCUGUCAUGGUGUUUGCACGAGCUUCUCACGCCUUCUGGUGUGCAGUCAUCUGUUUAUAAGAAAGCUGUUAAUGCUACGUACAUUUCGUCGGUUUUCUUGAAGCAUUUGAUUGAGAGCUGCAAAAGCGAAAGCCUAGAGGAGUUGCAUCUUUCUCUGGAUGAAAGUGAACCAGUUCCACAGGGUUUUGUGAUGGAUCAGAACAUUGAGAACUUUGUCAUGCACGGCGUGUUGAGCUUCAUAGGAUCAACAGAUGUUAGUCCCAACUCCUAUCUUCUACAUCAGGAACUGUUGAACUUCAUGCUUGUAGCAAUGUCAACACAGCUUCUUUCUGGGCCUUUGCCUGGACCAAGAGAUGUGAACCCUUUUAUUGAUGCUGCAAUGGCUCAGGAAAAGUCUCUGGUUUGUCUGGUGGUCAAGAGACUGCUACUGAAUUAUAUCCUCCGACCUCGUAUUCCUCCAAAUGCAAAAUCCAAUUUAUAUUCAGAUGGAGAUCCUCCGGGUGUUUUGGAAAGAGUUGGUUCUGCAGCUGCGACGUUUGUGUUAUUGCCUUUGAAUUAUCUUGUCAAUUCUAGUGGCGAGGGAUCAAAAAACCCACUUGUAGAGGGUGGCCUUCAUGUUUUGCUAAUCCUCAUUAACUAUCACAAGUGUAUAACGACGGAUGAGUCUACAACAGAUAAAAGCGAUGACAGUGCAAAUUCAGACUCAGUUUCAAAAGCGCAUGCCUUCUUCUCGGACAAUCCCUAUAGCAAGGCUCUAGCAAAUGCUAGAGACAUUGAAUUUGACCGCACAGAUGUUGAGGGAAAUGCUCACACGGGCCCACUUGUGCGAAUACCAUUUGCUUCUCUAUAUGACACUCUUGGCACGUGUUUGGCUGAUGAGAGCGCUGUCUUGCUCCUCUACUCAAUUCUGCAAGGGAACUCUGACUUUUUGGAGUAUGUUCUGGUGCGGACUGAUAUGGAUACAGUGUUGAUGCCCAUUUUGGAAGCAUUGUAUAAUACUUCAAGGAGAACAUCAGCGAAUCAAAUAUACAUGAUGCUGAUAGUACUUCUGAUGCUUAGUCAGGAUUCAUCUUUCAAUGCAAGCAUCCACAAGAUCAUUCUGCCGAGCAUUCCCUGGUACAAGGAGCAUCUCCUCCAUCAGAUAUCUCUGGGUUCCUUAAUGGUUAUCAUUCUCAUAAGAACAGUGCAGUACAACCUAUCUAAGCUGCGGGAUGUGUAUCUGCAUACUACUUGCCUCGCGACUCUGGCUAACAUGGCACCACAUGCCCAUCACUUAAGUGCAUACGCCUCACAGAGGCUGGUCAGCCUUUUCUACAUGCUUUCUCGGAAGUAUAAUAAAUUAUCAGAUUUGAUUGAUGAUAAGCUGCAGAGCAACAGAGGGAGCUCAGCUGGACAGGAUGGGGUUUCCGAGGAUUUGGCAGCAGAAUUGCAGAUCUACACUGAUUUCUUGAGAAUUGUUCUAGAAACGUUGAAUGCAAUUUUGACAUAUGCCCUACCGAGAAAUCCUGAGGUUGUCUAUGCAGUCAUGCAUCGGCAAGAAGUGUUCCAGCCAUUCAAGAAUCAUCCCCAUUUCCAUGAGCUGGUUGAAAAUAUAUACACAGUCUUAGACUUCUUCAACAGCCGCAUGGAUGCCCAAAGAUUGGAAUCAUCCGACAGGGAAUGGUCAGUGCAGAAAGUUCUUCAAUUCAUCAUUAACAAUUGUCGUUCUUGGCGAGGCGAAGGCAUGAAGAUGUUUACUCAACUACACUUCUCAUAUGAACAAGAGAGCCAUCCUGAGGAAUUCUUCAUCCCGUACGUUUGGCGGCUAGCUUUUUCCCGAUGCGGAUUCAGUUUCAACCCUGGCACCAUUAGCUUAUUCCCAGUUGAACAUCAAGCUGAAAAACAGAUCGACAACAAUGGCGAAUCCGAGGGGCAUGAGAAGGAACAAGACUCGAGCUCGCGGAGAAUAGUCUUCGAUCCAUAGUAUAUGCCAAGUGGCGCGUUCUCGCCACGUCAUUUUCGUGCCUGGAUAAAAGAUCUUAUCCUCUCGAAAGACGAUUCUGCCCCCUAAUGAAAUUCGCAUCUUUACUUCAAUUAUAGAAACAAGAACCAGUUCCUGAUGUUACGUGAUAUUUUUAUUACAAGAUGAAUCUCCAAUUGUUAAUAAAUUAGCCGAAAUAAAUAUUAAUAUUUUUGGA